CAUUAAGUUCUCAGUGGGGAAACAAAGCUGUAUUACUCUGGUGAAUAUUUCUCCUCUUUUUCAGGUGAGCACUUUUGUUUCUGAGACGUAAGCACACUUUUCAUUCUCCGGCAGCAUAAAUUGCAGGUCGCCGCUACUCUUACUGAUAUAUGAAGAAGUGAAGAGAUGGCUUCAACAAGGUUCAAUGCAAAGCCCGGUGACCUGAUCGAGAUCGACCGUGGGAUUUAUCAGCACUGGGCCAUCUACAUCGGUGGAAUGGAAGUUGUUCAUUUGACUACUCCAAAUGAUGAUUCAAGCUCUUCUGGUUCUUCGUUGAUGGCCCUGGAUAGCCCUAUAGGAAAGGUGAAGCGUGAGAAGAUCUGGGAAGUGGUCGGCAAUGAUAGUUUCAAGGUCAACAACCUCCUAGAUGACAAGUACCAGCCUCGUGAGCGUGACAUCAUCGUGAAGGAGGCCUGUAGCAUGGUGGGUCUGAAGAUGCCGUAUUCUAUCUUCAGUAGCAACUGCGAGCACUUUGUCACAGACCUACGAUACGGCAAGGCAGAGUCUCGACAGGUUACCACAGCAGCUACGAUUGGAGGGGCAACUGUAGGGAUUCUAGCUCUGGGUGGUCUGGGUGCUCUGGUUGCAUCCUGGCUCAAAGAUGACAACAAAGAAGAAAGGAGAGAAGAAAGAAGAGAACCAAGGAGAGAACCAAGGAGACAUUACAAUUGGCAGCAAUGAGACAGCAAGAUGAAAGAAAAGAUCCUGCUAUUGUUUGAGUCAAUUCAACUGGCAGUGAUUAGUUUUAGUUUAGUUUAGUUUAUUUCAAUCAGUCAAUCAAUCACAUAAAUACACAACAUCACUUACAUAAAUGGUAAAAAAAAGACAAUAAGUGUCACCUUAGUUCAUACAGUGUCAUCUUAACUCGUUUAUAAUCAGGUGUAGGUUGAAGCAUUUGCCUAUUACACCUACCCUUUUUACAUUCUAUUCUUAUUUUGUUCUUAGGUCCUUCAGGAUAUCAAUUUUAUAAAAUGUAAUAUCAUUCAUUUCUGUAUUUUAUAUACAUAUUAUCACACAUAUGUGCAGAAGUAAAAAAAAUAAAUAAAUAAAUACAUUCCCAUUCAUAGCCCCACUGCAUUUUUGCAUUUUACUACAUUCAGCAUUAUUAUAGACUUUUCAUGUUUACUGUGUUAUUUCUGAUCUACAUCACUAACUAGACCACAACCUGCACUAACUGUAUAUCGGCUCUUCACUACAUUUUAGCUUCUUACAGACUGUCUAUCUAUGCAUAUUGAGUUAUAACUGUUCUAAAUCACUAACUGGUCCACAAUUUGCAAUAUCUGUAUUUAGACCCUUUAAGCGGUGAUACAGACUGUCUAUCAAUGUAUACUGUGUUAUCACCAUAUCACUUUCGUAUAUCCUUCAGUUUACUUACACCACACAUUUGUGCCAGCUUUGUAAUGCCUACUUAAUCUGCACUUUAUGUAUCCUAUAUGUAGCCUAUUGUAUUCUGCACUCUUGUAUUGUAUUGAAUCUGAAACUGUAUGUUGUCUCGCACGCCUUAAGCUUUUCUUAGCCAACCUUAGAACCUGUUCCCAACAGCCUACCUGGUUAAAUAAAGGUUUAAUAAAAAAUAUAUAUACACAUUGCCA